AUGGAAGGGCCGGCUUUGCAUUGGAUGCGUUGGUUGAGACAACACACUGUGGAUAUUUCUUGGCUUCAGCUUACCCAAGAGCCGCUCCACUGCUAUGGAGGACUCAUGCGUGCUAACCCUUAUGAGCGUUUGCCUGAGAAAAACAGCGUAGAUUUCAUCAGAAAGACAAUGCAGAUGCGUGAAGAUACAUUCAAACAGCAGAAGAAACAUAUAACUGCUGUUAGCACUGCCAUUGAUGAUGACAGGGUUGCAGGAGCAAGGUCUUUCAUCCCCUUGAAAGGGAAUUAUAAAAUAAGCAUCCAUGGCCCUGACCGAGAAAGUGAAGCGCAGCUAACAUUAAGCAUUGGAGGCAGUAGCAGCAAGAAGACGAUCAUGUCCACAAAUCAAGAAUUGGGAUUCUCUGAACAAAUGCAUAAGCGUAUGAAGGAUCUUGAUUCUCCUUCAUCAAUUAAGUCCGGAAAAGGAGGGGAUUUCAGCACCCUAACAACCCCCAUGAGCAGCUCUAGUGCAACGUUUGACAAUGAAAGAAAAAAACCACAUUGGCUUUUCCAAGGUAUGACUGUUUGA